AUGUCAUCGUCCGAAACAUCAGCCGCUGUUGCCAUUGGCAUUGACCUGGGCACCACCUACUCUUGCGUGAGCGUCUUUCAGCACGGAAAGGUGGAGAUCAUCGCCAACGAUCACGGAAACCGCGUGACGCCGUCAAUCGUCGCCUUUACCGACACUGAACGACUGAUCGGCGACGCCGCCAAGAACCAGGCGGCAAUGAACCCGAGCAACACUGUCUUUGACGCCAAACGCCUCAUCGGUCGACCCUUCAAGGACCCGCUCGUGCAGGCAGACAUGAAGAACUGGCCCUUUGAGGUGGUGGACGAUGGCCAGGGAAAGCCGGUGAUCAAAGUGGAGUACAAAGGAAAGACGAAACGUUUCAUUCCGGAGGAGAUCUCUUCGAUGGUGUUGACCAAAAUGAAGGAAACCGCCGAGGCGUACCUGGGAACCACUGUCUCCAAUGCAGUCAUCACUGUUCCAGCUUUCUUCAGCAUGGCUCAACGUCAGGCGACAAAAGACGCCGGCACCAUUGCCGGUCUCAAAGUGCUGCGCAUCAUCAGCGAGCCAGUUUCCGCCGCCCUUGCCUACGGUCUCAACAAGAGCAGCAACACUGAAAGCCAUGUGCUUGUUUUUGACCUGGGCGGUGGCACUUUUGAUGUCUCCGUUCUCAAACUGGAGAAGGGCGUCUUUGAGGUGAAAUCCACCGCCGGCGACACUCAUCUGGGCGGCGAAGAUUUUGACAACCGUCUGGUGGACCACUUUGUGGCGGAGUUUAAGCGCCAGCACAAACGGGACAUCUCCACCAACAAGCGAGCUUUGCGCCGACUGCGAACUGCCUGCGAGCGAGCCAAACGAGUGCUCUCCACCGCCAUGCAAACUUCCAUUGAAAUUGAUUCCUUUUAUGAAGGCAUCGACUUUAGCGCCGUCUUCACUCGUGCUCACCUUGAGGAGCUGUGCUCUGAUCUCUUUCUCUCCACACUGGGGCCGGUGGAGAGGGCUCUGAAUGAUGCAAAGCUCACCAAAAGUCAAAUCGAUGAGGUGGUCCUGGUUGGCGGCUCGACGCGCAUUCCCAAAGUGCAGGCUCUGAUGCAGAACUUCUUCAAUGGUAAGCAGCUGAAUAAGUCAGUCAACGCGGAUGAAGCCGUUGCCUAUGGUGCAGCAGUGCAAGCGGCCAUGAUUAGCGGCCAUUCCUCUUUGCCUAUGCUUAAAGACGUCCGCCUAAUUAGCGUCACCCCUCUUUCACUUGGAGUUGGGGUUGUGAGCGGCGCCGUGUCGACAGUGAUCGAACGCAACACUGCCAUUCCUGCACGAAAAACAGCAAGUUUCCAAACUCCAUAUGAUUACGAGACUUCAAUUCUAUUUGACGUGUACGAAGGAGAACGAAUGAUGAAGAAAGACAACAACUACCUUGAUGGGUUUAAACUCACGGGCAUUCCAUCAGCCUUGCAAGGAGUUCAACAGAUUGAAGUCACCUUUGAAAUUGACGACAAUGGCAUUCUGGCGAUCACUGCACAGGAAAAAAGCACUGGCAAAAAGAAUGGCAUCACCAUUCAAAGCGACAAGUGGCGUCUGUCCAAAGAUAAGAUUGCGCUCUUUGUCGAGGAGGCUAAGAAGUACCGACUUGAGGAUGACCGCCAUCGGGAGAGAGUCAAAGUGUUCAACGCAUUUUUGGAUUACGCCCAUCAGAUGAAGCAUACACUGGCGGCUGAAAACUGGCAGAAGGUG